AAGCCGAGCAACUGGACUCCCAUACAAUUAUCGUCAUGGUCUUAUCAACAACAAUUGCACGUCUGUUAGACGGUCUCCCGCUCGCUGCGUCCGUGGAGGAUCAAUCCGAAGAGGAAAAGUUGGCCGAAUACAAGAAGCAGGCAAAACUUGUCAUCAGACAGCUGAACGACCAAAGCGAAACGCGAGCGUCGAUUGAGUCUGGUGCUUAUCUGUUACAUUAUCUAAUUGAUCAAGGCAUCGUCUAUUUGGUUAUCGCCAACAAGUCUUACCCCCGCGCCCUCGCAUUUUCCUUCCUCUCCGACCUCGCCUCCGAAUUUACAACAUCCUACCCCCCCUCACAAACCGCCGACCCCCGCCUCCGACCAUACGCCUUUGUCGCCUUCGACACAUUCAUGCAAAAAACCAAACGCGUCUACGCAGACCCCAGAGCCUUCCAAGAACACGGCGGUGGCACAAAAGGCGGCUUGGAUCAAUUGGAGAGUGAGUUGAAGGAUGUGCAGAGAGUUAUGACGAAGAAUAUUGAGGACUUGCUCUAUCGGGGGGAUAGUCUCAAUCGGAUGAGUGAUUUGAGUAGUUCGCUGAGGGAUGAGAGUAAAAGGUAUCGGAAGAAGGCGAGGGAUAUUAAUUUGGAGGCGAUGUUGAGGCAGUAUGGACCAAUUGGUGCGAUAGUGUUGUUCGUGCUGUUCAUCUUCUGGUGGAGGUUUUUCUGAGUGAUACGACAGUAUGGGGUACGACGGGGAUUGAUUGGGAUGGGGUUCGAGUAAUGGAGUUUGCAAAAGAAGGAGGGCUCGUGAGGAGCCCGGUGAGCUUGAGUCGUCCUGAGCAGCACACUGGGGACGGUGCCACGAUAUGGAGAAACACGAUACUCCUGGUACUCCAGGAGACAAGAACAAGAAUAUCUAGUACGAGGAG